AACCUGUGUUGCUGCAUUCAAGGUGACUCGAAGAAGCCUUCCAAAAAGCAUGUGAAAAGGGAGCCCUACUCUACUACCAAGGUGACUUCGGGGAGCACAUUCAAUGAGAAUACAAGAAGAUAUGCUGUGCACACCAACCAGUGUCAGAGACCUCAUGGCUCCCCGGUAAAGAAGAAGAUGUACCCACAAGAAGAUGACUUCCAUCAUACAAUCUUCAGCAAUCUUGAAAGAUUGGACAAGCUUCAGCCAACUCUUGAAGCCUCUGAGGAGUCUCUAGUUCAGAAGGACAGAGGAGAUGGAGAGACGCCAGUCAAUGCGAGGGUAAGUUUUGUUUCUGUAUUGCUGGUGGUGCAGGUGGCCCCUCUGAGGCGUGAAUCUACUCCCCAUGGGGACACCGUCCACGACAUCACGAACGAGGACGCUGUCCACGACACUGCCAACGAGGACACCUUCCACGGCACCGCCGACGAGGUCGCCAUCCACGGCACCACCAACGAGGAUGCAGUCCACGGCACCGCCGACGAGGACGCCGUCCAGGGCAUCGCCGACGAGGACGCCAUCCACGGCGUCACUGACUGGGAUGCCAUCCAGGUCGCUGUCCAGGGCAUCGCCAACGAGGAUGCCGUCCAGGGCAUCGCCGACGAGGACGCCGUCCACGGCUUUGCAAACAAGGACACCGCCCAGGGCAUUGCUAACGAGGACGCCGCCCAGGGCAUCGCUAACGAGGAGGCCGUCCACGGCAUCCCUAACGAUGUCGCCAUUCAGGGCAUUGCUAACGAGGAUGCCGUCCAGGGCGUCGCUAACGACGAUGCCAUCCAAGGCGUCACUAAUGAAGAUGGAUUCCACAGCAUCAAUAACGAGGACGCCAUCCAGGGCAUCGCCAACUGGGACGCCGUCCACGGCUUCGCCGACUAG